AUGUCCAGCAGAAUCUUUUUCCGUUCGUUAGCAUCGUCUGCAAAGGCUGGUGUUAAGCCUCCUGUGCAAUUGUUUGGUUUAGAAGGUACUUAUGCUACUGCAUUGUUUACCGCAGCUUCAAAAUCCACAUCCAUUGAAUCGGCUGCUAAGUCUUUGGAAUCAUUAAACUCCACUAUUGCAACGGAUUCUAAGUUAGUCGGCAUUUUGUCUAACCCAGCUUUGUCGUCCGCCGACAGAUCCAUCGUUGUCAACACAUUGGUCUCCUCUACCCCUUCUAUGGACAAAUCUGUGCAAAACUUGAUCAAGGUUUUGGCUGAAAAUAAUAGAUUAAACCUUUUGAGCAGCGUGUACGCUCAAUUUGCUAAGUUGAACGAUGCCUACAAUGGUAUUGUUCAAGCUACUGUUACCACCGCACAACCUUUGGAAAGUAAGUUAUUCAAAAGGGUGGAGAAGGCUUUAUCUCAGUCCUCUCUAGUUGGAUCUGGAAAGAAGCUAAGGCUAGAGAACGUUGUUCAACCAGAUAUCCAAGGUGGGUUAAUAGUUGAAAUUGCCGACAAAACCGUCGACUUGAGCAUUGCCUCCAAGGUUAACAAAUUGAACAAGCUCUUGAGGGAAUCCAUUUAG